AUGGAUAUAAUAUUUCCAUUUCCUUUCAAGCCUUAUGAUAUCCAGGAAAAGUUCAUGAAGCAACUUUAUGUAACAUUGGAAAAUCAAAAGUUAGGAAUAUUUGAAAGUCCUACUGGAACUGGUAAAUCUUUAAGCAUAUGCUGUGGUGUUCUAAAGUGGCUUAAGGAUACCAAAGAAAAAUAUGUGACAGAUAUGGAGAAAGAAGCAGAACAGUUGAAAGCUGAAAUAUCUAGUAACUCAGGGUCUGGUGACUGGCUUCAAGAAGAAUAUGAUAAAAUAAAGAAGAACCAAGCGUUGGUAACAUUACAACUAAAACUAGAUAAAAUAAGGAAACAGAAAGAAUUGUUUGAUCAAAUGAAAGUCCGUGUAUCUAAACAGAAAUCUAGUUUAGCAAACAAAACUUCUGUUUACUACUAUAAUAAAAAAAUUGAUGAUAAAUUGGAUGGUAUUGAUGAUAAAGAGAAUAAUUUAAAAGAGAAAGAUUCUGAAGAAGAUAGAGAUCUCUUAUUGGAGGAAUGCGAGGAUAGGGAUGAUGAUCAAGAAUCUCAAGAAACAGUAGAGGAAGAAGAGGAGGAUGAUGGAAUCAAGAUUUACAUAAGUAGCAGAACCCACAGUCAACUUUCACAGUUUAUUGGAGAAAUCAAACGAACUGUCUUCAAAGAUGACACUAGGGUUGUCACACUAGCAUCCAGACAACAUUACUGUAUAAAUGCUGAAGUAUCUAGACUUAAAAAUGUUAAUCUAAUAAAUGAAAGAUGUUUAGAUAUGCAAAAAUCCAAGACAAAAUCAACAUCAGUUGCUGAAGAAGGUAAAGUUUUGAAGAAAACUAAAACUAGAUCAUGCACAGGCUGUCCAUAUUACAAUCAGACAAAUAUUGCUAAACUGAAAGAGCGAAUGCUCGUAGAUAUCAUGGACAUGGAAGAUAUAGUAAAAUGUGGCAAGGAGUUGAAGGCAUGCCCAUAUUAUGCAUCUAGAAUGGCUCUGGAGGAUGCAGAGGUAAUUCUAAUAAGUCAUGCUGGUAUAGUCAGCUCGGGAGCUCGGUCUGGUAUCUCACUCAAAUUACAGGACAAUAUACUUAUUCUCGAUGAAGCUCAUGGCUUGACAGCUGCUUUAGAAAACGCACAUUCAGCCCCAGUCUCUAUGAAGCAACUUUCGGCUGUGAAGACAUUUCUACAGUUCUAUAUAAAUAAGUACAGAGCAAGGCUAAGCAGUAGAAAUCUUCUAUCACUUAAUCAGAUCAGUUUUGUUGUGGCCAAAUUAUUAGGUUUGAUUAAAAAUAAAUCCAAUGAAACGAAAAAGGAAGAAACUACAAUUUUUACACUAGAAGAUUUUGUAGUAAAAGCAGAAAUAGAUCAUAUGAACUUGCGCCCGUUGGUUGAUUUCUCUAGAAACACGAGAUUAGCUCCUAAACUCCACGGAUUCUCUAUGAGAUAUAGCCAACAAGCUCUCGAAGAAGAAAUGAAUAAACGUACAGUCAGCAAAAAGAGUUCAUUUGAAAUGUUCAUGAACAAUAUUUCAAAGAAAAAAGAAGGUACUGUUGAAGAAUCCAAGCCAGAAGUUAUAUCAACUCCUGUGACAGUAACCACACCUAUAGAAACCUCUGCAGGUAGCGGGUUAUAUGCAGUUUUAGACUUCCUAGAUAUGCUUUGCGACCGCAGUGAAAAUGGGCGUGUGUUGGCUCAUAGAGAUGACCAGAAUGGACAACUCAAAUAUUUGUUGUUGAAUCCAGCUGAGCAUUUCAGCGAUGUUGUGAAGCAAUGUCGUUCCGUGAUAGUAGCUGGAGGAACAAUGGAACCCAUAAAUGAAUUUGAAGCGCUCCUCACUGGCAACUCGGAUAAGAGCGAAAUAGUCAAUGUAGUCAGAUGUGAACACGUAGUUCCUCCAGACAAUGUGCUUGGCAUUUGCUUGUCGAAGGGACCUUCAAAUGUCACAUUAAAUUUUUCUUACGAAAAUAGGAUGUCAAAUGAAUUGCUCAGCGAAACAGGGCGAAUAUUAAGAAACAUUUGCAGCAUAGUACCAGGAGGCGUUGUUUGCUUUCUACCUUCAUAUUCUUACGAACAAACAGUGUAUGACCAUUUAAAAAAUACUAAUGUUAUUGAAGCUAUCAAUAAGAAGAAAUCUAUUUUUCGUGAACCCAAAUCUGCAUCGGAUGUGGAUCAGGUGUUAAACAAAUAUGCAGCUGCCAUCGUAAAAAAAGAUGGGGACAAAAAUGGAGCGUUGUUGUUGAGUGUCGUUGGUGGCAAACUUAGUGAAGGAUUGAAUUUCAGUGAUGACUUAGGUCGAUGCGUUUUAGUAAUUGGUUUGCCGUACCCUAACGUCAAAUCGCCAGAGCUACAAGAGAAGAUGAACUACUUGAAUAAAACUUCAGGCGGUGGCGCUGGCAGUGUUUAUUACGAAAAUCUCUGUAUGAAAGCCGUUAAUCAGUGUAUUGGAAGGGCAGUGAGACAUGCAAAUGAUUAUGCAUGUGUUUUAUUAGUGGAUGAAAGAUAUUCAAGGGCUCAAACUAUCUCAGCGUUACCUUCGUUUGUACAAAAAUCGCUAAUACCCAAUUGUAACUUUGGAAUGACAAUCAGUAAUAUAGCCAAAUUUUUUGGGAGACACAAAAAGAAAUAG